UUCCCUUCGGUCUUUACAACUGCCACCCAUUAACCAGAGAGGCUCCAACACAUACACACUCUCUCUCUCCUUUCUUUCUCUCUCUAACAUUCUCUCCUUCUCUCUCUAACAUUGUCUUUUGGGGUGUUUUUUUUCCCGUUAUUUAACUUAAUUUUUUUUCUAUUUCUGAUAUUAUUCGAGGGUUUAAUUCGUUGAACAUCAUAGAGCUCUGUAUUGCUCUCUCUCUCUCUCUCCGGGUGCUUAUCAAUGGGGUUUGUAGAGAGAGAAAUAAAGUUGUAGUCUUUUUGGGUAGAGAGAGAAACCCAACUCGCCCAACGGCUAGAUUUUGAGUGUAAGAUCUCUUCUAGUUUCGAAUUUUACAGUGUGAUUGUCUAUUUGACUGCUGAAUUUGAGAGAGAGGUCUAGAGAGAGAGACACUGUUUGUUGUUGUUUUUGUUGUGAGAGAAGAGAGAGAGAGAUGUGGAGUGUAUCGAGAAUUUGUGAGAAAGUGUAUAAGAUGGCCGAAGGAGGAUCUCAUUACUGUUCUAAGAAGACUGAUGAUUUCUGUGGUGAUGACUACGAUGAGGAGUCGAACAGAGCUUUGAGCAUGUCUAGAUUGAGAUGUUUCUUGCGAGGACUGGAUUUGAAAACCCUUAUCUUUUUAUUUGUUAUGGUCCCAACAUGUGUCUUUGCUAUAUAUUUGCACGGGCAGAAGAUCUCUUACUUUUUACGGCCGUUAUGGGAGUCACCACCCAAACCAUUUCAUGAGAUCCCACACUAUUAUCACGAGAACGUGUCAAUGGAGAAUCUUUGCAGUCUUCAUGGUUGGAGGACUCGUGAGUACCCGAGGCGUGUUUAUGAUGCAGUGUUGUUUAGUAACGAGCUGGACCUUCUUACCAUACGAUGGAAAGAAUUGUAUCCUUAUGUAACAGAGUUUGUUCUCCUUGAGUCAAAUUCAACAUUCACGGGAUCGCUAAAGCCUCUGGUUUUUGCCAACAAUAGGGGUAAGUUCAAAUUUGUUGAGCCACGACUGACUUAUGGAAAAAUUGGGGGAAGAUUUAAGAAGGGAGAAAACCCCUUUGUCGAGGAGGCAUAUCAACGAGUAGUAUUGGAUUAUCUUCUCAAACAAGCAGGUAUCACAGAUGAUGACUUGUUGAUAAUGUCAGACGUUGAUGAGAUACCAAGCCGACACACUAUCAAUCUCUUAAGGUGGUGUGAUGACAUACCUCCGGUUCUUCAUCUUCGGCUGAAGAAUUAUCUGUACUCUUUUGAGUUUCUCUUGGAUAAUAAUAGCUGGAGAGCUUCGGUUCAUAGAUAUCAAUCUGGCAAGACUCAAUAUGCACAUUAUCGACAGUCUGAUGUCAUCUUGGCAGAUGCAGGAUGGCAUUGUAGCUUUUGCUUUCGGCGCAUCAGUGAGUUCAUAUUCAAGAUGAAAGCUUACAGCCAUUUUGACAGAGUGAGGUUCUCUCGCUAUUUGAACCCUAAAAGAGUUCAGAGAGUAAUUUGCAAAGGGGCUGACCUAUUUGAUAUGCUUCCCGAGGAGUAUACGUUUAAGGAAAUCAUUGGGAAAAUGGGACCCAUUCCUCAUUCUUACUCAGCUGUUCAUCUUCCAUCGCAUCUUCUGGAGAAAGCUGAUAAGUAUAAAUUUCUCUUGCCUGGGAAUUGCUUAAGAGAAAGUGGUUGAACUUUUUGGAUGAAUUUUAUAUUUGUUUUUGUAAAGGUUCGGGGUGCAGCUUGUGUGACUACUCGUGAAUGGUUUACUGAACAAUUGAUGACUGCAGUGUGUCGCUGCUACAACUGUGCUACAUGUUCGAUAAUAUAUAUCAUUCUUUCAGAAACUUUCGGCGAAUUGGAUGAAUUAUUGUAUUUCUAGGGUGAAAUUGUGUAUAUAACUUCUUUCUUAUAGUAGGUUCUUGUUCAAAGUGGAGCAUAUCUAUUUGCUGAGCAGGAAGGUUUCUGUGAUGGGAACAGCUAAGUUGCCAUGGUAAGUUAUGCAUUGGUCUGGUCUGUUCCUUAAGUAUUCUCCCUUAAAGAUGUGUGGCAGUUCCUGGACUUUCCUUGUACUAGGAAAUUUUGAUAUGAGACUAAUUUAUGCAUAUAUUUUUGCAAA